CCGGAAGCAGUUUGUUUAUGUAAUUUGGACUCACUUGGACUAUGAUAUUCGAGAUGGGUAGCAAUUUGGCAAAAAGCAAUUUAGUUAAAGCUGCAGCGGUUGAUUUUGGCAUUCAAUGGGCAUGCUGGGCUGUUGCUGCUACCUUAAAAACAGAAAAAUUCUACGACUUAGCCGGCUCUAGUACAUUUUUCCUGCUUGCACUACAAAGUUUGAGAUGGAAUCGGACAUAUUUCACACGCCAAAAGGUACAAACUGGUAUGGUCAUGGCAUGGGCUGUAAGACUUGGGACAUUCCUGUUCACCAGAAUCUUAAAAGAAGGACAUGACAAGCGGUUUAAUAAAGUCAGGGACAAUCCACGUGUGUUCUGGUUUUACUGGACCGUACAAGGUGUAUGGGUGUUACUCACUUUGUUACCAACAUUGUUAGUGAACAGUAAAAAAGAAGAUCAACCCUUAACCAAGAAGGAUUAUAUCGGAUGGGGGUUAUGGGUUGCUGGGUUCAUAUUGGAGACUGUCGCCGAUUAUCAGAAAUCUAGCUUCAGGAAUAAUCCUGAUAACGAGGGUCAGUUUAUCAAUGUAGGACUAUGGAAGAUGGUGCAGUAUCCAAAUUACCUUGGGGAGAUAAUGAUGUGGUCUGGUUUAUAUCUAACCUCGACCUCUGUCCUCAAAGGAUGGGAACACAUGGCUGUGGUAUCUCCUAUGUUUCUGACCUUUUUACUGACAAAAUUGAGUGGCAUACCGCUCCAGGAAAAAUCUGCAAUGAGAAGAUAUGGAUCAAAUCCGGAUUAUCUGCAACACAUUCAGAACACAAAGAAACUUAUCCCUUUCAUGUGGUGAACUGUAUAUGUUCCUGUAUACGUAUGCGAAAAUUGUAAUUUGAAGGACUCGUUAUAUUAUUUUAUUUCCAGUUAUGUUGUUAUUAAACACAUCAGACAAUUUUG